AUGACCUCUUUCUUACGCACAAACUUCCUCCGAACCCGCCUCCCCAAUCUCGCCUCUCCGGCAUCGUGUUCCCGUAUCGCCUCUACCACUCGUCUCUUCUCCUCAGCUGCCCAACUUCCACCCUCAGAAAAAGACCCUUCUCAUCCCCAUCUAUGGUAUCACCCCAGCUCAUCAUACAUCUCCCUGUCUUUUCUGCCGACUAAACCAGCAGUCUAUGGGUCCAAGACUGUGAUCGGGUACUUGCCGCUUGGAGAAGCCACUUUGGAUGAUUUCAGAGACGAGCCCAAAUUUGAGAAAGUACUGGAGGACGCGGUCAAGGAUGGUUUGGCAAAGGGAAAGGCGACGACAGUGGAGUUUGAGGCAGAGACAAGACCGACUGAUGGAUGGAUCCAUAUCACAGACGAACGAGCGAUUCCACCGAUGGGGAGAAUAGGUGAGACGGAAGAUAUCAUCGGGUCUGUCUACGUUCAAGAGGGCAAGGUGAUUACUACUGCCAUGCUGAUGUGUUACAAGACAAUGCUGACAUUCCAUGGUGUCAAUAUGAAGAUCAUCGCCGAUACUUAUUCUGCCUUCCCCACAUAUCGCCUCGUCACGACCAACGGCGUCCUGAGACUCCCUCGAGGGCUGGACGAGCACCUGGUCGAGACGCUGAAGAAGAUUGAUGAAGAAGAGAAACGAGAGAGCGCUGCUACUGUGUUUUAG